GCAACGUGCAUGCAGAUCGUACUCCUUUUAUGGAAAUAAUCUACGUUGCGCAUAACUUAAAAUCUCUUCAUGACAUAACCGAAUAUUUAGAUAUUAAAUUCGUUAAUGGCGGUACAGGAUCACCAUUUUCAGCAAAAAUUCCCCAAAAUAUCGACUGUGGCGAAGAUAGCAUCCUAAAAAAGCAUGGUUCACUCGAAUUACGAGCAUGUAAAACCGGGAAUAAAGUAGGAAUAAAUAAAAAGGGCUCUAAUUCUGGACCUACUACUGGAACACCUCCAUGUUAA